UUCAAACGCACCGCAUCUUUGUUUUUCAAAAAAGUUUUUAGAUUUAGGUUUUGCUUAAGCUUCAGAGUUGGUGGAGGAGAAGAAGCCGAAGGGGAGAGAGAGAUCUCUAGAGUAAGAAGGAUCAAUGGCAGCGGAGGAAGAGAGCACCGUGAAGGAGCCCUUGGAUCUAAUCCGUCUCAGUCUCGACGAACGCAUAUAUGUCAAGCUUCGUUCCGAUCGUGAACUCCGCGGCAAGCUCCAUGCUUAUGAUCAGCAUUUGAAUAUGAUUCUUGGGGAUGUUGAAGAAAUAAUCACAACUGUUGAAAUUGAUGAUGAAACUUAUGAAGAGAUUGUUCGGACAACAAGGCGAACAGUACCUUUUCUUUUUGUCAGAGGAGAUGGUGUCAUAUUGGUUUCUCCUCCAUUGAGGACAGCCUGAUAGUCUCUUUGUAAUCUGAAGUCUUGAAUUAACAUUUGUUCCUUCGGCUUCCAGCAGGAGUUCUACUUUUGUCCAAUUUGCUAUGUCCAAAGCAGCAGUCCUGCAGAACUAAUU